GAUCCUCCGCAGGUCCCGUUCCUGGUUUUGGGAAACGCACGCGCACGCGCCCGCGCCCCGCUCGUUGAGGCGCGCGCGCUGCGCGCUCCUCGUCCAGUGAGCCGCUGGAUGAGCAGCGGACGGAAGCCUCGGUCUCUCAAACCAGUCUGACUCCAGUUCCCCGCGCUGGUGUGGACCUGCGGACCGGACGGGUUCCUCCUCCAUCUCCUCCUCCACCUCCUCCUCCUCCAUCCAGGCUGCGGUGUUCCACCCGGUGAUGACCUCGCUGCUGUUCCCUAGCAACGCCGCCAUGAAGGACCUGUCCUCCUCGUCCUCGUCUCCUCUCGGCUCCCUGCUCCACUACCCGUCCUCCAAGACCACCUCGUCCUCGUCCUCGUCCUCCCCCCCCGGGCUGUCGGCGCCGCUCUCCAAGCCGCAGCCCUUCUGCCUGCAGACGGGGCCCCACCUCCUCGCCAGCAUGCAGCUGCAGAAGCUCAACUCGCACUACCAGAGCCUGGGCGGGGCCUCGGGGGGGCACGCCGCGCCCGGCGCCCCCCAGAAGGGCUACGGGGCCCCCGGGCCCCUGGGCCCGGCGGGGAGCCAGCUCCUCGGGGCCCCGGGGGGCCUCGGCGGGGGCCCGAGCGCCGGCGGCAUCAUCGACUUUGAGCCGGUGGACGAGGAGGUGCUGAUGUCCCUGGUGGUGGAGCUCGGCCUGGACCGGGCCAACGAGCUGCCCGAGCUGUGGCUGGGCCAGAACGAGUUUGACUUCAUGGCAGACGUGCCGGCCGGGUGCUGACCCCCC